GGUGGGGGUGUUGUCGGCCGUGAGGGAGGAGGAGGAGGAGGAGUGGUGGUGGUGGUGGUGUUCUUGUCAGUUAGAGCAACAAAAUGGCCGCGGUGGCAGCUCCGCACCUCAGCGCGAGGGCCCCAGGAGCAGCAGUAGCCGCCGCCGCCGCCCAGCAGCAGUGAACACUUCUCAUUCGUUCUAUCGCCAGUCUAUUGCCCGAGCUGUCUCUUCGCCUGCAGUGCUCUGCUGAAGUCCCCUGGGAGGCCCGCCCGAGCCGUAGGCGGGAGCAGAACCGGCCCUGCGCUGUCUCCCGGGUCCUGCUGCAGAGCCGCGUCGCCGCCGCCACCCCUGCCGCACUUCGACUCCGGCUUUCAGGCCGGGGCUCGAGCUUUAGGCAUCCUUAUCUGAAGAGAAGGGCAGAUCGAGGACCUGGACCUGUCAGGAUCCGACGCUGCCGCUUCCUUGCUCUCUCUGCUGCCUCGGCCUCCUCCCACCCACUGCCCGGGCCGGACUCCUCGCAGGCGGGAACCCCUGCCUCUGGCCCCAACAUUUGACUCUGGGGAACAGAUUGGGCAGGGACUCUCUCCGCCUCGGGAGAACCAGCGAAACCCCCAGGCGGCUCCUGACAGGUUUAAGCCUCCUGAGAAGCUUGAACCGCGAACUGCAGCCACCGUGGGGCCAGGAACCGAGGGAGAAAGAGUAAGAAACAUAAGAAGAGGAACAUUUGAUGGAAGAAAAGAAAAAGAAAAAACAGGAAGAAAAGAAGAAGAAAGAAAGUGCUCAGAAAAAGGCUGCUGAUCAAAAAACCAAAGUGCCAGAACCUACUAAGACCAGUUCAAGCCAGCCCCAAUCUGCUGGUAUCAGUACCAGUACUUCCACCAGCACUAUCACCAAUAGCAGCAAUGGCAAACGUGCAUCUGCCAAUGGCCAUCAGCCAGCUGCAUCCCGUUACCUGCCCCGUGAGGUGCCUCCACGUUUUCGCCAGCAAGAACAGAAGCAGCUAUUAAAAAGAGGUCAGCCAUUACCUCCUGGGACUCUUACCAGUGUAAGCCCAACACAAGGUACUGGACAAGCAGGGGCAAGUCCUCCUCCUCUAACAGGAGUUAGUGGGCAGCAUCAUCCCAGUAAACUCCAGUCAGCCCUACAGGAUGAGGCUCCUGCUGUACAAAGCCGACAUAUUGAAGCUGAGAGCCCAGGCGAACAUAGAUGCAGACGUAGAGGCAGCUCUGCACACAAUGUAGCGUCUUCUAGGAUGGUUGGGCGACACCUUUCUUCAGAUCCCAGUCACAGUGGAUUGGUAGACCAUUAUGAAAAUUCCAACUGGGCACAGCAGCCUACUUUUAGAAGUGAAGCCACCUGCACCUGGGAUAAAGUGAUAAUAGAUAGGACUGACAAGGAGGCGUGGCCUUCCAUUACAGUAACUGAGACUGAAUCUGCCUCAGAAUGUACUACAGACAUUGACUCUGUCUCCAACUGUGGCCCAGAGAACAGUAGCAUGGCUACAGGGAGUGCCCACGGCAACUUCACUGGACAUACAAAGAAAAAUAAUGGCAAUAAUGGCGCAAAUGGAGCACUCGUCCAAAGCACUUCUAAUCAGAGUGCCCUUGGAGCAGGUGGAGCAAAUGGUAAUGGAAAUUCAUCCAGAGUGUGGGGUGUGACCACAGGCUCCAACUCUAAUCUAACUCACUGCUCUAUCAGUGGUGGGGAUGGAAAAAUGGACAAUAUGAUUGGAGAUAGUAGAAGUCAGACCUGCUGGGGUUCUUCCAACUCAAAUGCUGGCAUUAAUCUUAAUCCUAAUGCCAACCCAGCUGCUUGGCCUGUACUUGGACAUGAAGGAACUGUGGCAACAGGCAACCCUUCCAGUAUUUGUAGUCCAGUCAGUGCCAUAGGUCAAAAUAUGGGCAACCAGAAUGGGAACCCAACAGGCACUUUAGGUGCUUGGGGAAACUUGCUGCCUCAAGAGAGCACAGAACCACAAACGUCCACUUCUCAGAAUGUGUCUUUCAGCAUACAACCUCAGAACCUUAACACUGAUGGACCAAAUAACACUAACCCUAUGAACUCUUCACCAAACAAUAUCAAUGCAAUGCAGACAAAUGGACUGCCUAACUGGGGAAUGGCUGUUGGUAUAGGGGCCAUCAUCCCACCCCACCUACAAGGCCUUCCUGGUGCUAAUGGAUCAUCAGUUUCUCAAGUCAGUGGGGGCAAUGGUGAAGGGAUUAACAGUUCAGUAUGGGGGAUGUCUCCAGGUAAUCCUGCCACAGGAAAUAAUAAUUCUGGGUUCAGUCAGGGGAAUGGAGACACUGUGAACUCAGCAUUAAGUGCUAAACAAAAUGGAUCCAGCAGAGUGGAUCCAACUGUGCAGAAAGAAGGGAAUGGAGCAAAUGCAUGGGAUUCAGGGCCUCCUGCUAGUCCUGGGGUUCUUUCUUGGGGAAGGAGCAAUGGCAGCAAUGGUGCUGGUAAUAUACAUUCUGGAGCUUGGGGUCACCCCAGCCGUAGCACCUCAAGUGGUGUUAAUGGGGAAUGGGGAAAGCCCCCAAACCAGCAUUCCAAUAAUGACAUCAAUGGAAAAGGAACAAUGGGGUGGGAUAACCCUAAUGUUACUAACCAGAAUCCUGCCAUGCAGCAGGGCAAUGAACAACUGAACUCUUGGGCCAAAGCUGCCACUUCUGGUACUGCAGCAAGUGAAGGAAGCAAUGACAGUUCUGGAAGUCAAAAUGAAGGAAGCACUGGCAGGGAGGGAGCUGGAGAGAGCCGACGGAGAGACAAAGGAAUUAUUGACCAAGGGCAUGUCCAGUUGCCAAGGAAUGACCUUGACCCAAGAGUACUGUCCAAUACUGGUUGGGGACAGACUCCUGUAAAGCAAAACACUGCCUGGGAAUUUGAGGAAUCCCCUAGGUCUGAGCGAAAAAAUGACAAUGGAACGGAGGCUUGGGGUUGUGCAACUACUCAGCCUUCAAACUCAGGGGGGAAGAAUGAUGGGUCCAUCAUGAACAGUACAAAUACCUCUUCAGUAUCUGGGUGGGUCAACUCGCCCUCUGCUGCAAAUACAGGUUGGGGAGACAACAACAAAGCGCCAAAUGGCCUCGGGGGUUGGGGGGACUCAAUAAGCUCUACUGCUGUCAGUAAUGCUGCUGCCAAAAGUGGCCAUGCUUGGAAUGGGACUGUAAAUCAGGGGGACAAAUCACCUACCUGGGGUGAACCUCAGAAACCCAAAUCUCAAAACUGGGGAGAUGGACAAAAGUCCAAUCCAGGCUGGACUUCAGGGGGAGGAGAUUGGACAGAUUCACCAUCUGUCCUUGGAAAUUUGAGUGAUGGAAAGAAGAAUGGAUCAGGAUGGGAUGCUGACAAUAAUAGAUCAGGUUCUGGUUGGAAUGAUACAAGAUCUGGGACCAGUGGAUGGGGCAGUGGCACAAAUGCUAAGGUUAACCCAGGUACAAAUUGGGGAGAGUCCUUAAAACCUGGUCCCCAGCAAAACUGGUCUAAUAAACCCCAAGACAACAAUGUGAGUAACUGGGGAGGAGCUGCUUCUGUUAAGCAAACUGGAUCAGGAUGGGUUGGUGGGCCAAUACCAGCCAAACAGAAGGACAUUAGUGAGGCUACUGGUUGGGAAGAACCUUCUCCCCCCUCCAUUCGACGUAAGAUGGAAAUUGAUGAUGGUACCUCAGCUUGGGGUGACCCAAGCAACUACAACAAUAAAACCGUAAACAUGUGGGAUAGAAACAAUCCUGUAAUCCAGAGCAGUACCACAACCAAUACCACUACCACCACCACCACCACCACCACCAAUAACAACACAAACAUGGUUGAAAAUCUAUCACAUCAGUCAAGCACUCAGCUCAAUCGAUCUUCGCUGCUUGGUCCAGGCUGGGGCGACAUGCCUAAUGUUCAUUCAAAGACUGAAGCUUCUUGGGGAGAAUCAUCAUCUCCUGCUGCUACAGUAGAUAAUGGCACAGCAGCUUGGGGAAAGCCACCUAGCAGUGGUGCAGGAUGGGGAGAUAAUUCGGAGCCAUCAGGGACAUUUGGAAGAACAAGUGCCCCAGCUGCUGCCCCAGCCCUGUGCAAACAAGCUUCAAAAUCUAUGCAAGAAGGCUGGGGCAGUGGUGGGGAUGAAAUGAACCUCACUACCAAUCAGUGGGAAGAUGAAGAAGGAGAUAUGUGGAAUAAUGCUGCUUCACAAGAAAGCAACUCCUCCUGCAGUUCCUGGGGGAAUGCCCCAAAGAAAGGACUUCAAAAGGGCAUGAAGACAUCUAGCAAGCAAGAUGAUGCCUGGAUCAUGAACCGUCUGAUUAAACAACUCACAGACAUGGGCUUUCCAAGAGAGCCAGCUGAAGAGGCUUUGAAGAGUAACAAUAUGAAUCUCGAUCAGGCCAUGAGUGCUUUGCUGGAAAAGAAGGUGGAAAUGGACAAGCGUGGAAUGGGAGUGACUGACUAUAAUGGAAUGGUCACCAAACCCCUUGGCUGCCGCCCACCAAUUUCCAAAGAGUCUUCCAUGGACCGCCCCACCUUUCUUGACAAGGAUGGCGGCCUAGUGGAAGAACCCACUACUUCACCAUUUUUGCCUUCACCAAGCCUGAAGCUCCCCCUUUCAAACAGUGCACUCCCUAAUCAGGCCCUGGGUGGGAUUGCCUCAGGGCUGGGCAUGCAAAACUUGAAUACUUCUAGACAGAUACCGAGUGGCAAUCUGGGUAUGUUUGGCAAUAGUGGAGCAGCACAAGCCAGGACCAUGCAACAGCCGCAGCAACCACCAGUACAACCUCUUAACUCAUCCCAGCCUAGUCUUCGUGCUCAAGUGCCUCAGUUUCUAUCCCCUCAGGUUCAAGCACAGCUUUUGCAGUUUGCAGCAAAAAACAUUGGUCUCAACCCUGCACUAUUAACCUCGCCAAUUAAUCCUCAGCAUAUGACGAUGUUGAACCAGCUCUAUCAACUGCAGCUGGCCUACCAACGUUUACAAAUCCAGCAGCAGAUGUUACAGGCCCAGCGUAAUGUUUCCGGACCGAUGAGACAACAAGAGCAGCAAGUUGCACGUACAAUCAAUAACAUGCAGCAGCAGAUCCAGCAGCACCAGCGCCAGCUGGCCCAGGCCUUGCUCAUGAAACAGCAGCAGCCUCCCCCUCCACAUCUCUCUUUGCACCCAUCUGCAGGCAAAUCAACCAUGGAGAGCUUUUCAUCCCAUCCCCAGGGUCCCAGCCUGCCUGACCUGCAGACCAAAGAGCAACAGUCUUCAAUGAACACCUUUGCUCCUUACCCAAGUCUUGCUGGACUGAACCCAAACAUGAAUGUAAACAGCAUGGACAUUACUGGUGGUUUAUCAGUAAAGGACACUUCUCAGUCCCAGUCUCGCCUUCCUCAGUGGACACACCCUAAUUCGAUGGAUAAUUUAUCCAGUGCUGCUUCUCCACUUGAUCCGAACCCUAGCAAGCAUGGUGCUAUCCCUGGAGGCUUAAGCAUUGGGCCUCCAGGUAAGUCCUCCCUUGAUGACUCCUAUGGCCGGUAUGAUUUAAUCCAAAACAACGAAUCACCAGCCAGCCCUCCUGUAGCCGUUCCUCAUAGCUGGUCUCGUGCCAAAUCUGAUAAUGAUAAAAUCUCAAAUGGUUCCAGCAUUAACUGGCCACCAGAAUUUCAUCCUGGAGUGCCAUGGAAAGGACUUCAGAAUAUUGACCCUGAGAAUGAUCCUGAUGUCACCCCAGGAAGUGUCCCUACUGGACCUACAAUUAAUACAACAAUACAGGAUGUUAAUCGAUAUCUUCUCAAAAGUGGAGGGUCAUCCCCAACAUCAUCUCAGAAUGCCACGCUGCCUUCAUCGAGUGCCUGGCCUCUUAGUGCCUCUGGCUACAGUAGCUCUUUCAGCAGCAUUGCAUCCGCACCUAGUGUUACAGGUAAACUGUCAGACAUUAAAUCCACAUGGUCCUCCGGCCCAGUUUCUCACACACAAGCCUCUCUGUCUCAUGAACUGUGGAAGGUACCCAGAAACACUACUGCACCUACUAGACCUCCUCCAGGCUUAACAAACACCAAGCCCUCUUCUACCUGGGGUACCAGUCCACUUGGCUGGACCAGCUCUUACUCCUCUGGUUCUGCCUGGAGCACUGACAGUUCAGGAAGAACAAGCAGCUGGCUGGUCCUCCGUAACCUCACACCCCAGAUUGAUGGUUCUACACUGAGGACAUUAUGUUUGCAACAUGGUCCUCUAAUUACAUUCCACCUGAACCUGACUCAAGGAAAUGCUGUGGUCCGAUAUAGUUCCAAGGAAGAAGCUGCCAAAGCUCAAAAGUCUCUGCAUAUGUGUGUCCUAGGAAACACUACCAUACUGGCUGAAUUUGCUGGUGAAGAGGAAGUAAACCGUUUCUUAGCACAAGGCCAACCACUGCCUCCCACCUCCAGUUGGCAGUCCAACACUGGAACCAAUCAGACUCGUAUGGGCUCCACAAACAGUUCUCAUGGAUUGGUGCGAAAUGAUGCAGGCCACUGGAACACUCCAUGCCUGGGAAGCAAAGGGAGCACUGACCUGCUCUGGGGUGGCGUUCCUCAAUACUCCAGCAGCCUUUGGGGCCCUCCAAGCACCGACGAUGGCAGAGUUAUUGGAAGCCCUACACCUUUAAAUACUCUGCUUCCUGGUGACCUUCUCAGUGGAGAGUCUAUCUAGGAAAACAGAUCAAUGAAAUGGAAAUAACAAUCAUCAGCACUAAAGGAAAAAAGGAUAACCCUUUCCAGUUCAGGGCUUCACGAAGAAUCCAGCUUUAAUAGAUCAGACUGGCAGCCCUUUUUUAGUACCUCUGUCCAAUAUUGACUAAGAAACUCUGCCAAAGUCCUUGUGAACUGUUAUGAAAACAGUAUGGGCUAAGUUUGGUCAGUUUCACAUGCUAAUGACAGGUUGUUUUUUCCAUGGCUUUUUGUUUUAUGUUGUCUUCUGUUUAAAUGGUAUGUUUUGUGUUUUGUAUUUUUUUUAAAGUAUAAAAGCUGCUUAGAAUAGUUCUAUCAUGAAGGGCACUUUUCAGAUUGUGGGCUGGAAAGGGUUAUUUUAUCAAGGUGGGGAGGGGGAUGGGAGGGAGAAGUGAAAGCCUAUUUUAAAAUGAGCCUGUGACUAUUAUGCACAUUACCAGAGGUGGACCCAGUCAUCAGAAGGACAUAGAGCAUGGUUAUAUCAUUGGUACAGUAAAGUCAUGCAUCUGAAUGGUGACUCAUGGCUGUCAAGUACAGGUUAAAUGGGGAGGGGAGAGUUUCCUGUUCUCUGCUCCCAGGGAUCCGCCUAUGCACAUUUCCCUUGUUUGGUUACUUUUCCAUGUCAUUUUUUUAAACCCCCAAAAUAGAAAAAGUUUUAAAAAAAACAAACAUAUCAAACAUGCAAAUACUUGAAUCCAGCAGGCCAAUAAUGAAAUGUGAACACUUUCUAAUUUUACACUUCCAGGUUGACAUCAAUAUACAGAAACAGGCUCUAGGAAAAAAUUUCUAACUUCACAUACUAUGUGUGUGUUGGAACAGGUGUGUGUGUGUGAGUGUGUGUGUGAAUGUGUGUGUACACAUGUGUGUAAGAAGGAGUGUGAAUGAUUUAACAAUGUGUGGUUUUUUUCCCUUUUACUCAGUAUAUGCUUUUUUUUCCUCAUUGGUCAAAUGUUUAUUUGUUGUUAGCUUCUAACUUUGCACUGAGUGUCAGCAACCCUUCCCGUAGCUAAUCCUGUAUGUCUGAAAAAAUUAAUAGGAUGGGUCAAUGACAAUUCAUGUGUAAAUGUUUACUCAAGGACUCUGUUGUUGCGUUUAAAUUACAAUGUGUAUCUCUGGAGAAUAAUAUGUAUACCUACCUUUAGCAGCUUUUUAUUGUGGACUAAUGCUAGAAAAUUAUUACCGGAGUAUUGCACCAUUUUUCCAUUCGGGAUAUAAAGAUUUAAAAAAAAAAACUUUUUGAACUGUGGCCAUAGAUACUUGUAAAGAAUGGAUGGUUCCCUGCAAGCUGGAACAGAAACAAGCACUUGGGACAUAGGUUUAGACUGCUUUUAGAGGAGUCAGUGGUUUGGCUCCCACCUGUUUACAGACCUUUUUUUCUCCUUCAAACUUUAAAAUAAAAUUUUAAAAGGAAUAAAAAAAAGACUUCCAUCGCUAAAGAAACCUAUUUUCAGAAUGAAGAUAUGCUACUUCAGAGCUCUGGGAUUGAACAGUGUUGUUAUAUUAUCCUUUCUUUGGCCAUUGUUGUGUACUUUUUGUUAUUUUUUUUCUUCCUCUUCGUCAAAGUGAGGAAAACUUUGUGGUCACUAUCUUGCACAUGGUGGAAGAGGUCUCAGGAAAGCCGGGUUUCCCGAGGAGCAACUCCACACCAUUUCAUGUAUUUUUAAACCCAACUCCUAGCACUGAAGAUAUUAUUUAAAAAAAAACAACAACAAAAAAAGAGACACAAAAAAUACCUAAUCUAAUGUGUAGCAGUUACAUAUUUACCAAAUAAUGGACUCAAAAGAAAUAGAUGUUUGAAGAGUGCUUUAUAUAUUUAAAAAAUUGCUUUAUGUUUUAAAAAUGAUCAAUGUUUUGAUUGUUUUGAAAGGAAGAAAGACAAUGGAAUAACAUACUUUCAAAGUAUGUUUUUAAAAAUAUAUAUGAACAUUGUGCUCCCUGCCUGCUUGGAUCAGGAAACUUGUGCAUUACAUUUUUUUUAAUUAGCUUUUUAAUGGUUUUAUCAAAAAAAAAAAAGAGGGUCCUGAAAGAUGGCAAAUCAACAAAAGCUGGUUUUAUAGAGGAUCAUGAACUAUGCACAAACUGGGUUCAAUACUUUUUUCCUCAAGUUUUAGUAGUGUAUUUAGCUAAAUAAAACUUCCUCAGAGUAAUUGCAUCUCAUUGCCAUUACAUACAUUAUAUAUAUUUGAUCUAUGUAACUGAAUAUGUAUAUCAAAUAUAUGUGUGUGUGCUUAUAUACAUACAAUUUUCCAUGCUGAAGUCUAGCAUUGAGUUGUAGAAAACAACUGAUAUUUUAAAAAUUGGGGAUGGAAGUAAAAAAAUCUGUGUUUAAUUUUUGUCUUUUAUUUUGCAUUAAAGAUGUCUGUAACUCUGAGAUUUAAAAAAAAAAAAGUUUGUGACUUUUAAUGUUUUUUCCUCAUAGAAUGUGAUUGUUGAAGAACAUGCACCGAAAUUGCUUUCAAAAGUACGAAGCUUCGUUGAUACUUAAUAAAUUGCAAUUUUUUUCUUGGCUGUUCAAAUAAAUGUGACUUUUUUUUAAAAGCAAAGUAUAAAAAAUAUUUGUUGCUUCAUGUGUUGAAGUUAGUAAAAGAUCAGUUUUUGAAAUUUCCAUCCCUUUUGUAACACAGUUAAAUAAGUGUAGUUGCUAAGAGUGGAAUUUCAAUUAUUUGUGAUCUGAUUUAUAAGAUAUUAUUUUACACUUAAUAAAAAUCUUACCAAUAGUUACUGAUAGGAGUAACAGAUAGUACAAUAUUUCACCCCUAAAAAUCUGGCAUUUGUAUUUUCUCAUAUAAAUCUGUUGUCAACAAGCUAAUGAUAUGCAAUAGCUAAGAACAUUGUCAGAUGUCUGCUUAGAACUACUGUCAAACCAUUGGCUUAUUUCCACUUAUGAGCAAAAAACCUGUAUCAGGGAGAUCAACCUGAUUAACUUAGGAGUUAGCCUGAAUAAAAUUUGAUUGUGACAUCCUUUUACAAA